CGAGCUCGAUCAAGCAUCAACGACGAAAGUCACCGAAUAGAUUUGAGACCCAACCGACUAUGAGCUACAACACGUCGGCAUGUCCAUACGGUGUAAACAUGCCAGCAACGCACAGACCGCCAACGUCAUCGCCUGAAUGCAGCAGCAGUCACAUACCCGGACCGUACUCACUCCCUUACUUACCGUGUCUAGGUCCCUGGCUGCUAAGGACACCCGUCUAGUCGCCCCAUGCGCAGUCUCACUUCUCACGAGCAAAGACCAUAGUGUGCUCGCAUGCUCACGAAUCCUUCCAGGCUGUCAUCACCGGCGAGUCCUUUCGAGCGGUCCUGGUCAGCCUCACAAUCCUUUCCACCAAUAUCGUUUCCUUUCGACCACACGGGGUUUCACUCUCUUUGGGUUGAUACGAUUGUUGGUAAUUGCGAAAAUUAAGGAUUGCUUUUGUGAGCGCAUGACACGACCAUUGUCGCUGUGGGUUAAAACAAUAUGUAACCACGUGGGUGAAGUCACAUGAUAUCUUGUUGUAGCAGGUACCGCCCAGUGGGCAAGUGCACUUACCUCAGAG